CAAUCCACGUUGGACACGCCCGCUGUCACUACGUCAUCAUCUUGCGACACUGAAGCGUGUUUCCAAGUUUCAGAAUUUGUUGAGCAGGAUUUCUGAACCUCUUCUGGUAGAUUGAUUUGAUUUGAGGAAAGUGUACCCGAGUCUAAAUCGACUGUUUUAUUUAGUUUCUAUUUUAGAUUAGAGUGUAAGGAAUUAUCCGCGUUUUUGACUGAUUUGCGAAGUUUUGACGAGAAAUGAGUGGCAGUGAUGAUGACGACGAUGUUCCUACAUUGUCAGCUCACACUUUGGCUGCUCUGGAGGAAUUUUACAAUGAGACCAGGACCAGGACCGAGCAGGAGCCUGGUUCCACAGACGUGUUUGCUGUGGGAGCAGUGGCGGAGGACUGGAAGAUGAGUCAGUUCUGGUACACUGAUGAAACAGCGACACGGUUAGCUGAGGAGGUCAUACGAGAGGCUGGAGAAGGAGGAAGGAUCGCCUGUGUGAGCGCGCCAAGUGUGUACCAGAAGCUGAAGCAGGGCGUGGUGGAUGGAUCACAUCUAGUAACGGCAGUCAUUUUGGAGUACGACCGUCGCUUCGCCGCCUACGGAGACGACUUCAUCUUCUACGACUACUCGGAGCCGCUGGCUCUGUCGUCGUCGGUGCCUGAGCAGAGCUUUGACGUGGUUCUUGCAGACCCUCCUUAUCUGUCUGAGGAGUGUCUGGCCAAAGUUGCCCUAACCAUCAAAUACUUGAGUAAAGGCAAAGUUCUGCUGUGCACAGGUGAAGUGAUGGAGAAUUUGGCCAAAGAACUUCUGGAUGUGAGGAAGUGCAGCUUUCAUCCCAAACACAACAGAAACCUGUCUAACGAGUUCCGCUGCUUUGUUAACUAUCCAUCCAAACUGCUGUAGGACUGUCCUCUGACUCAUGUUUGGACUUUUCUGAUGACGCAAGAACAACACAGGUGUUAGUGAAGUUAAGUACACACUUUCAAAGAAAAUCUGAUUCAACCUGCUCCUUUCAUAACAUCCCAGAACUGGUUCUGACUAACGGGAAUGUUUGUAGAUCCUUUACACAAACACAGAAGUCUGUCACGGACAGAGAAAACACAGAGCUGUGAGGCAUUCACUGGUCGGUUACUACAGUAUUUGAUCAAGAUUUAAAAAAA